GGGUAGGGUCUGAGGAGCCCUGGCUGGGUCAGGUGACACUGUUUAGUUCCUGGACUGUGGGAGAGUGGGGGAGUGGUGUCCCAGGCAGUCACUAUGAGCUGAACUAUUAACAAACCAGGAUUCUAAUGCCCAGUACACCUGAACAGUGCUUCUGGCUGAAGUCAGCCCUGGGCAUCUGAGGAUCAGAGAGAUGGAUGCACAGCCUGGAUCCUCACUUUGCCCUUACCUAUAGGACCCUGCUGUCCCUCCGUGCUCUGGAGCAAGGCAAUCACAGUUGCCCCCUCCCCUGCUUCCUCAGACAGCUGCUGUGAUUUGAAUACCCAAGCAGCUGUUGGACAUCCGGUGGUGACUGAUUUGCCUGGCAAACAGACUCUCAGGCCUUUGGCCCUGCUGGUACCAUGGGGAGACACUCAGUCCCCCUGGGCUCUUUGUUUCCUGUCUUCACCCCCUAAAGCCCCCUAGGCUCCUGUUUCACCCUUUCUUGAUCUCCUUGGGGGUCCUAGCACUUGUGUGCCCCUGGAGGCUGGAGAGUGCCCUCAGAAACGCAGCGUUGGACAAGAGGGAGGAACAGCGGACCCGGAGGCAGAGGUAACUGGAGCCAGCCAAGUCUGCUCCCUGGCCUGUCAGGAAAUUUGCAUGGAGAGAAGGAGGCUCCUCCAUGGCUUCCCCUCCCUUCCCACCUGGGAUAGUCAGACCCGGGCUGAGGCCCGACAGCAGGCAAAGGAGCAGCCCGUGUGAGUGUGUGGAGCCAUCUCCCCAUUCCCGGAGGUGAUGCCUCGUGCUUUCCUGGUCAGGAGCCGGCGUCCACAGCCACCCAACUGGGGCCACCUGCCUGACCAGCUCCGGGGAGACGCCUAUGUCCCAGACUGCAGCAGCCUGGGGGGGCCACCGGCACCCCAGCCUUCCAGCCACGGGGACCCCUGGGUGGCGGUGAGUCCCACACAGGGCACUCUGGCCGCCACUGCCAGGGGCCCUGGGACACUUGGCUGCCCGCUCUGCCCCAAGGCUUUCCCGUUGCGACGCAUGCUGACGCGGCACCUCAAGUGCCACAGCCCCGCGCGCCGCCACGUGUGCCGCUGUUGUGGCAAGGGCUUUCACGACGCCUUUGACCUCAAGCGCCACAUGAGGACUCACACCGGGAUCCGGCCAUUCCGCUGCGGAGCUUGCGGCAAAGCAUUUACGCAGCGCUGCUCGCUGGAAGCGCAUCUCGCCAAGGUGCACGGGCAGCCGGCCAGCUACGCCUACCGCGAGCGCCGCGAGAAACUGCACGUGUGCGAGGACUGCGGCUUCACCAGCUCGCGGCCCGACGCCUACGCGCAGCACCGCGCCCUGCACCGCGCCUGACACUGUGCACCCGCGUCCACC